GAUAGGGUCUGUGGUUUCCUUUCUCUUAUCUAUCCUCAACACACAGUGGGUGUGACCUGGGUGCAACCAGUCACAGCUCUGCAGAGGUUACUAUGAUUUUGCCCCUGAAGGAUCUGUCCACAACUUAGGAACUCAAACAACUUUUGGCCUGAGCCCCUGUUACCGAGAGAAAGGAGGUUUUUGCCAAGGACUCCAAGGGGAGUGCACUUGAUGCUGGUCGGGACCCAAGGCACCCAGCCCUCCCUGAGACAUUGUGUGAGUCGGGCUGGGCCUCAGACACAGCCCCCACUGCCCCACCCCAGCCAGGGUGGUGCUUGUGUGGGAAGGACUUUAAAUCCAGCUGCCAGACCCCUGCACGGGAGAAGGAGAGACAGCUGGCCACCAUGCACGGCUCCUGCAGUUUCCUGAUGCUUCUGCUGCCGCUGCUACUACUGCUGGUGGCCACCACAGGCCCCGCUGGAGCCCUCACAGACGAGGAGAAACGUCUGAUGCUGGAGCUGCACAACCUCUACCGGGCCCAGGUAUCCCCACCGGCCUCAGACAUGCUGCACAUGAGAUGGGACGAGGAGCUGGCCGCCUUCGCCAAGGCCUACGCACGGCAGUGCGUGUGGGGCCACAACAAGGACCGCGGGCGGCGCGGCGAGAAUCUGUUCGCCAUCACCGACCAGGGCCUGGACGUGCCGCUGGCCAUGGAGGAGUGGCACCACGAGCGCGAGCACUACAACCUCAGCGCCGCCACCUGCAGCCCGGGCCAGAUGUGCGGCCACUACACGCAGGUGGUUUGGGCCAAGACAGAGAGGAUCGGCUGCGGUUCCCACUUCUGUGAGAAGCUCCAGGGUGUUGAGGAAACCAACAUCGAAUUACUGGUGUGCAACUAUGAGCCCCCGGGGAACGUGAAGGGGAAACGGCCUUACCAGGAGGGGACUCCGUGCUCCCAAUGUCCCUCUGGCUAUGGCUGCAAGAACUCCCUCUGUGAACCCAUCGGAAGCCCGGAAGACGCCCAGGAUUUGCCUUACCUGGUAACUGAGGCCCCAUCCUUCCUGGCAACUGAAGCCUCAGACUCUAGGAAAAUGGGUACUCCUUCCCUAGCAACGGGGAUUCCGGCUUUCUUGGUAACAGAGGUCUCAGGUUCCCCGGCAACCAAGGCUCUGCCUGCUGUGGAAACCCAGGCCCCAACUUCCUUAGCAACAAAAGACCCGCCCUCCAUGGCAACAGAGGCUCCACCUUCUGUAACAACUGAGGUGCCUUCCAUUUUGGCAGCUCACAGCCUGCCCUCCUUGGAUGAGGAGCCAGUUACCUUCCCGGAAUCGACCCAUGUUCCUACCCCAAAAUCAGCAGACAAAGUGACAGACAAAACAAAAGUGCCCUUUGGGAGCCCAGAGAACUCUCUGGACCCCAAGAUGCCCCUGACAGGGGCAAGGGAGCUCCUACCCCAUGCCCAGGAGGAGGCUGAGGCUGAGGGAGAGGCUGAGGCUGAGUUGCCUCCUUCCAGUGAGGUCUUGGCCUCAGUUUUUCCAGCCCAGGACAAGCCAGGUGAGCUGCAGGCCACACUGGACCACACGGGGCACACCUCUUCCAAGUCCCUGCCCAAUUUCCCCAAUACCUCUGCCACCGCUAAUGCCAUGGGUGGGCGUGCCCUGGCUCUGCAGUCGUCCUUGCCAGGUGCAGAGGGCCCUGACAAGCCUAGCGUCGUGUCAGGGCUGAACCCAGGCCCUGGUCAUGUGUGGGGCCCUCUCCUGGGACUACUGCUCCUGCUUCCCCUGAUGUUGGCUGGAAUCUUCUGAAGGGGAUACCACUCAAAGGGUGAAGAGGUCAGCUGUCCUCCUGUCAUCUUCCCCACCCUGUCCCCAGCCCCUAAACAAGAUGCUUCUUGGUUAAGGCCCUCUGGAAGGGAAAGGCUACGGGGCAUGUGCCUCAUCACACCAUCCUGGAGGCACAAGGCCUGGCUGACUGCGAGCGCAGGGGGCCGCCUGAGGACUGCACACCGGGCCCACACCUCUCCUGCCCCUCCCUCCUGAGUCCUGGGGGUGGGAGGAUUUGAGGGAGCUCACUGCCUACCUGGCCUGGGGCUGUCUGCCCACACAGUAUGCGUGCUCUCCCUGAGUACCUGCGUAGCUGGGGACGGGGAUUGCAAGGGGCAGAUGAAGGACAAGCCCCACUGGAGUGGGGUUCUGUGGGUAGGGGAGGCAGGGACAAGGGAAGGAAAGCAACUCCUGACUGUCCAAUAAAAACCUGUCCAACCUGUGGCAA